AUGAGCACAUCACCAGUAGUCGACACGCCAUCUGUAGCCCAGAACACCGAGCCUGAAGUCGUCGAUGUGAACGCUGUUGCCGAUAUCAUUGAGAAUCUGGAAAUCACCCCGUCAAACAGGAUGCUCUUGCCGACGAUCGAUCUGGACGCGGAACUGAAAUCUGUUCAGGAACGCUUGGAGGCCAUUGCCAAAGAAGAGCGCGAGGGCGCAGAUGCUGAGAGGGUGGCUCUUGAGGAGCUCGAGAAAUCGACUGUAGCCCUGGUUGCUGUCAGGACUCAAUUGAAGGAGAAACAAGAGCAAUUGGAUUCUUUGGAUCAGUCGGACAACAGCCGAUCAGAUCUGCAGUCAGAGGUGGAUCAAUUGGCCCAAGAGGCAGUUCAGAAGGAACAUCAAUGGAGCGCCACUAAGGAGGUCUGCAGUCGUGAGUAUGGCCCCAUUGUCGAUAGCCAUGCUGCGCCGGUGACUGAAGUCAAAGCCAAGGCCCAGCAUGAUAUCAAAAUGCUUCAGGAACAGAUCGCUAGCCUGCAAAAACAACUGGACGCCGUUUCUAUCCGAAGAAAGCAAAUGGCUGCUGACGCAGAGGAGCAGCAUCGGAAAUUGGCUGAGCAAGGUCCUGGGAUCGAUGAUGACGAUGAAGUGGACGCUUAG